CACUCAAAUCCAACGGCUAAAUAGCCUUCUCUCCAACGACCAAAUUUUCCAGUCACUGCAGCAUACCCUCCGUUCUCUCCUUCUUCCUCCUACCGUUUUCUGCAACUCAAGAUUUCACAUUUAACUGUACGUAUCGCCAAAAUGCGCCUUGUUUGCGUCUGAGACUCACAAAAUUAAUCUGGAAACCCUAACAGCGAUCGAAUGGCUAAUUGGAUCUCGAACAAGCUUAAAGUCGCCGAGACCUUCCUUCAACAGAUCGAUCAGCAAGCGGCGGAAUCGUUAAAUAAGGGCGAGAGGCCGCCGCGAUCUGAUGAACAAACGCUCAGUGUCGGGGCGAAGACCGGAGGCUCCGUGCCAUUGAAGGAUCAGCUGAAGAAGAAGACACAAGAAAGAAACGAUAGUGAUUAUCAAGGAAAAUUACGCAGUGAUUUGAAUGUUAAUCCAGUUAAUAACAGUGACGAGAGUAGUUAUAUUAGAGGGGUUAAUACUUAUCGUGAUAGAGAGAAAGAUAAAGAUAAAGAGAGUUCGAGUACCCCAAAACCUGCACCCAGACCUCCUAAGUCUACACUCACUGAUAGUGACUGGACCGAGCUCCUUGGCACAUCCAAUCAGCCCACAACUUCUGUGAAUCGUAGCAAUGGAGUGUCUGGGAUUCGUGGGUUGAGGAGAAAUGGUAGAAGGCAGGGGAGUUCAGGUUCGGUUUUAGAGGGGAAGAAGAAUCAGAGGACUGGUAAUGGUGUGACGAAGAGUGCUUCAAAUGUGGAUAAAUUGUUGGGGAAUAGAUUCAUUCAGAAGCCUAGUGAUGGGGAAGAGUCUAGUAGCUCAUCUGGCAGGCAUUCGAGUGUGGAAAUGCAGAAUGAUGGCAAUAAUUCAGCAGGACAGGCGUUGGAUCAUAAAGUUACAGGUGGGAAUCUUUUGGCGAAACAGAUUGACGAGGGAAAGGAAGGGAGUGGUAAGCAGUUUGAUUAUAGGGAAAUCCCUAUAGAGGAUGCUUUGCAGUCAGGAAACAAGAAUAAGCCUUUGGAAACAAUGUCCAAAGUGGGGAAAGUUGACAGGGUGUUUGAUGUGAAGAAGGGAGGAGAUGGUGUUUUUAAUGAGCUGGAGGCAAAGUAUGGCUCCAGGAGUUCUAUUUCUGAUAAUCCAAAUAGAGGUUCUUCAAUAAUUGAUGAGGGUUCCAAUUUCGAUACAGAUUCUGGUUCGGGUUCUACAUCCGACUCCGAAAGUGAACGAGGGAGGGAGCAAAGGAGGAUGUGGAGGGAGAAGAUAUUGGCUGAGAAAGCAGCUGCAAAGGCUGUGCAGGCCAUCAAAGAACGUGAAGAUAUGGUUGCUAGGUUGGAAGGUGAGAAGCAGAGCUUAGAGAAAAUACUUGAAGAACGAUCCAAACAACAAGCACAAGAGGCUUCAGACCUUCAAACAAGUAUGAUGGAAUCAAUGGAAGCUUUUGAGAGAGAGAAGCAAAAACAUAACAAUACAAGAAUGGAAGCCUUUGUGUUAUUAGCUAAACUGGAGACGGAAAAUGCUGAUCUUGCGAGAUCCCUUGCUUCUGCACAGAAGAAUCUUGAAGUAAAGAUUAAUCUGGUGGCAGAAAUAUGGCAACAGCUGGAGCUGAAAGAAGUGGCCCAUGAAGAUCUCAGGAGGAGGGUCUUCAAAACUCACCAGAGUGGAACCAACCUAGACCAAUUGGCGACUUCAAAAGGAGUUCAAUUUGAACAAAAGAUACUUGAAGCAGAGUACUCAGUCAUUGCUGAUAAAGUUCGACAAUUGCAGGACAAGGCUAAAAAGCUGGAAGCGGAUAUUGAAAUGACAAGGAAGGAGAUUGAGGAACCAACGGAAGUAGAACUUGAACUCAAGCGAAGGCUUGGUCUGUUGACUGACCAUCUAAUUCAGAAACAAGCCCAGGUGGAGUCUCUCUCGUCAGAGAAGGCCACUCUUUCGUUCAGAAUAGAGGCAGUUUCAAGGAUGCUUGAUGAGAAUAAAUCAAUGAUGGCUAGCUCAUUGUUGGGGGAUUUGGAAUCUGGAAAUUGGGAACUCUCCGAAUCAAAGCUGAGGCCGCUAUUCCAAGACAAAAUUCGUUCAGGCAGGAAGCACUUGGGAUCAUUGCUUCAGCAGUUGGAUGCUAUUUUCUUGGCAGGUACUGUGUUUCUGAAAAGGAAUCCGACCGCAAAGUUGUGGGCUCUGAUUUACCUAGUUUGCCUUCAUUUUUGGGUAAUUUACAUACUUCUGUCACCCUCACAAGCAACAUAUGAGGGAAAAUCCGGAGCUGUUAUGUCUUUGGAGAACAUAAAUAACACUGCAGGUCAAUGAUCUGUUGUAAAUGGUUUUUUUUUCCCUUCCAAAUUGCAUAUUUGCAUUUGUUUUACCUCAGCUUAUAAAGAGGUCUUCAUUGUCCUGGACCAACAAAAUCUGUAGAAUGUAUAUCUUACAUAGUGAUGAAAUUUGAUUCCAAGAUUAAUUAUCAA